GCAUUUUAAAAGCGCGCAUGGCGGCUAGCAAGUAACACCCACUGGUGGGUGUAUUCAUGGUUUGACAUUUGGCCUGUGUCGUUUGGCAGAUGACGGUCUGUUUACGUGUGCGUUGCAAAGCAAGCGAAAAACAAUCUGGAUUUGAUAAACAAAACAGUUUUUGGUCAUCAAUCAUCAAAAUGUUGUCCACAAAAACGCAAACUUUAUCGAACGAAGAUCUAGAACGAUAUAAAGAAAAAAUUGUAGUUGUCGAUGGGAAGGACCCGUACACAUUCAGUUACGAUGCAAAAGUGCUUCCAUUAUCGGUAGAUUACGAUAUGGUUUUGACCUACUUAUUGAAUACGCUAUCAUUCCGCACCGGAGAGCCAGUAAGAAACCACAAAUCACUGGAAGCGUGUAAAAGUUUUGAGCGAGGUUUCGUUAAAGAGGUGAAAGGACGAAAAUACAAACAUAUUUAUGCAGUGUUUGGAAAGGUAAAAUCAUCGAAAAAAAACCGUGUUGGCCAUUUCAAAUACGAAUAUUUCUUGCAGGUUUUACAUAGCAUGAGACUCAGUGAUCCGCCAGCAGAAUGUUGGAUUUUAAUACAAGCUGUUAAAUCAACCAGUAAAGAGCCCGGAGAAAUACAUUCAGCUCAUUGUGAUUGUACUGCAGGUGCAGGUGAAACUUGCUCACACGUAGCAGCAGUACUUUACGCUCUGUGCUACGCUAGAGAAACUUGUUUGGAUAAAAAGAUUUCCGUUACUGAACUCCCAGCCUAUUGGACUCAACCAUCUGGCAGUGCCCAAGAAAACUUAUACAAACCCGUGGAAGAUGUUAACUUUGGUCGAGAAGUACAAACCAGUUGUGAACUUCGGGAAUACAAUUUAGAAAAAUCCAACGAUGAGUUGAAGGCCCUUAUACUGGAACUCUCAAGAGCUGGCCAAGACGUUGCAGCAAGCAAAGCCUUCUUCAAACCUGCGGAGCUGAAUGCUGAGGAAGAUGAUGCACGUUUUUAUGCUGAAAAUAUGCUGAGCUUUAAAAAAAUGUUUGAUGCCGAUUUGGUUGGACGUCCGCUGAUUGAAAUCAUUGACCAUGGUAAAGAAAUUGACUGGAGCUUCACGAAUGAGGACUGCAUGCUAGUUGAAGAGCUGACUCGGGGUCAAUCCUCUGAGCCAUUAUGGUUCAAACUAAGAUACGGUCGUGUAACCGCCUCCUGCUUUGGUAAAGUGGUGAAGACUAGAAUAGAUUCUCCGUCAAUGACAUUGAUCAACUACAUAUGCGGAGAAAGUGCAAGUCAAGAGUUUCCUGCGACAUUGUACGGAAAAAGGAAUGAGCAUAAAGCUAUUGCAGCUGCUGAAGAUCUGUUUAAGCUUCAAAAACAUAAAGAUUUCCGUACAAGAAAAAGUGGAUUGAUAAUCAAUACUAAUUAUCCAUACUUUGCUGCGUCGCCUGAUUGUGUAUUUGAUUGUAGUUGUUGUGGAACGGUAGUAAUAGAAGCAAAAUGUCCAUACAAAUUUGAGCACUUCCAGAGGGAGGAUGGAAUCAGAUCCUUAAUUACAAGACAAAAUCCGUACAUACUUCGCGAUAAUGAUGGGAACUUGAAAAUGAACCAUAAGCACGAAUAUUAUUUCCAAGUACAAAUGCAAAUUCAUUUAUCUAAAGCUUCAUUUGCCCUUUUUGUAGUCUGGGCCCCUAAGUUUACUUUGUUUAUAAAAGUAACAAAAAAUGAAGUUUUCUGGAAAAUCAACUUGUUAAAAGCAUCUAAAUUUUUCGAACAGGUACUUAUUCCAGAAAUAUUAACAAAUUUUUUUACGAUACCAAGUGUAGCUAAUGCAGAUGACGUAAAUGAUGGCACUGAUGAUAGGAUGUGAAAAAGAGUGUACAAUAGAACACCAUGCCACCUUGGUCCUCUACUCUAAGUAGAAUAUUUCACCACUGUUAGUUGAAACCUGUCAAAACUUAUAGAAAUACAAAAUGUCUAAGUUUAAACAAUCGUGAGUUUUUAUUCAUUGAUUUUUUCAUUUACAAAUCACUUUGAUAGAAGGGCACAGGUUAACUAGAGCACAGCAGACUGUUACAGCCAUAUACAAAACAUUUACGCCGUUAUGCUCAUGAUUCAUCAUAUUAAUACUGACCGGGCCCUUAAGUAAUGUAUACUUUCCUCUCAAUGCUCCUAUGGAACGCUCCACCUCAUUUCGAACUGAGGCCAAAGCUCUUGUUCUCUCAACUGCAACUGAGCUAAGUUGCCGCUUCCUGUUUGAAGAAUCUGGGACCCUUAGCGUAGCAUUUUUAUCCUGAACAAAUUUUUGAAUGGAAAAUCCACGAUCAGCGAGAAUCAGAUCAUCACUCUGAAUUUUAUCUAGAUAACCACUAGCUUCCGUUAUUUGUUUGUCAGAUGUUCGACCAGUGUAUGGUUUUGAAAUGUACGAAAUAGUUCCGAAUGGAGUUAUGCUUAUCAGCAUUUUGGUUGUGUAGUGGCUUUUGUAAUUCGAAUACAUUUUCAACGUGGCAUCUUUAGUACUAGGCUUCUCUGAGAAAAUUUCAAAACAGUCGAUAAUUGAGGUUAUACUCCUAGAAAAGACUUUUUUGAACUUCAAGGGAGUGUAGUAAUCCAGAAGCUCUUUUUCGGGCCAUUUUAUUAGCCCUUGCAACUGUUUGUAUAACGAGUACAACCCCGAAUAAAAAUAUUUACAUGCAGUAGCCGUAGAAACAUUGAAAAGAUAACCGAUAGUUUUGAAACAUAAAUUCAAUCUAAGACGAAUGAGAACCAUGACAAAAACUUGUUCUUUGCUUAACACUCGUGAUGAAACUAGAAUCCCUGCAUGAACAAAAUCGUACAAAAUCUUAAGGCUAAUAAAGUUUGGAAGACCAGUGAAAUGACGAGUCUUCGAGUCAUUACCCUCAAAAGCUUUUAGAUCAAAAACCAUCAUUUGCCUUCGCCUGCUUCUCUCCAAAGCUCGUUUCAGCCGUUCAAUCUCAACAUCUUUUUUCGCGAGCUUCUGUUCGAACAUCUCCUCAGCGUGUUUCUCAGUUGAUUCAAACUCGUCACACUGAAUCUGCUCAUCCAUGCUUUCAUUUAUAUUUUGUUCGAGUAGCUGAUCGAUUUCCAAGUGCGCCAGGUAGCAAUUUUGGCAAUCAUCAAGCUCCGGGCAAGUUUUCAAGCUCUCUUC